ACAACCACCACACCCUUUCUCUUCCCCCCACCCGUGAACAGACCCUAGAAACACUUACAGGGAUAGAGGGGACGACCCCCCACCCCACCAACGAGAUGGACUCAUAUACCCAGACCUCUAGGUGCGGGCCCUUCCGCCGGUUACCAAGUGAGGAACGGAAUCGUGCCCAUCCUAUCUACGAAGACGGACAUACUGCCCUACCACAAAGGGACCCCACUGCUAACAAACCGAAGGCGGCACCGAAGACAUACCCUAAAAAGCCCAUUACCUACCCCCCACCAGACACCCGCAAAACCCCAUGA